UAUUUUAUUUUGUUUUUCCCAACACUUUCUGUUUCUCUCUUUAAAACCCAUAAAAAUCCCAAUUCUUGAUUUCAUCUUUUUCCCAUUGAACCAAUUUUCAAGAAUUGAACUUUUUUUUUUCUCUAAUUUUAACAAAAACCCAACAUGGGUUCUUCUUUAUCCUUAUUGUUUUCAUCCACUACUGUUAAUCAGCAAAAUAAUAUUGGUCUUGGUGAUUUACCAGAGAGUUGUGUAGCAUCAGUUCUUGUAUAUAUGGACCCACCUCAGAUCUGUAAAUUAUCUAUGCUUAAUAAGGCUUUUAGAGGUGCUUCUUUUGCUGAUUUUGUGUGGGAAUCUAAGUUGCCAAUGAAUUAUAAUUCUAUUAUUCAAAGGGUCCAAAAUUUUCCUAACAAUUUGUGUAAAAGAGAUAUUUAUGCUAGGCUUUGUCGACCCAAUUCUUUUGAUGGUAGCACAAAGAGAGUAUGUUUAGAUAAGAGAACUGGAAGAGUUUGUAUGUCUAUAUCUUCAACUGGCUUGACGAUAACGGGCAUUGAUGAUAGGAGAUAUUGGAGUCGGAUUGACACAGAUGAAUCAAGAUUCAAGUCCGUUGCAUAUCUCCAACAAAUCUGGUGGUUCGAAGUUGAUGGAGAGGUCGAUUUCCCAUUCCCCGUUGGGUCCUAUAGCAUAUUCUUCAGACUGCAAGUAGGGCGUGCCUCUCGGAGAUUCGGACGCCGAGUCUGCAACUCUGAGCAUGUCCAUGGGUGGGAUAAAAAACCAGUGCGGUUUCAGCUGUCGACAUCAGACGGUCAACAAGCUACAACCCAAUGUUACUUAAACGAACCUGGAAUAUGGAAGUACCACCAUGUCGGUGACUUUGUUGUCACGGGUUUGGUAAAACAAAUGAAAGUUAAAUAUUCGAUGACUCAGAUCGAUUGUACACAUACUAAAGGUGGACUAUGCGUAGAUUCUGUACUGAUAUGUCCAGUAGAGUUUAAACAGAGGUUGAAGCAGAAUUUUUGAUUUGCUGAUUACCUGUCUCUCUAGAGGAAGUGUUUUAAGAGUUAUAGUUCUAGUGCUAUCCAUAGUUUUUUGAGUGGUUAGUAUUAAGGGAUAAUCAUAUAUUAGACUGAGGUAAUUGUGUAAAAAUGUGAACAACGGGCAUUUUAUCCGUUCAUUGUAAUGAGUUGUUAGCUUCUGUUAACAUUAGACACUUAUUUUUGUGUAUUUCUCAUCUUUAUAAGUGUCAAAGAAACAACAUUGGAUCAGCUUUACUGAAGAA